CUUAUCCAUAAAAGACGGGAGUCAAAUGCUCUUCAAAAGUUCGUGUCACAGCACGAGGCCACUUUCAAGUGUUAAGUGAUUCAUUUCGACUGUGGAUUGCCAGAGUCUGCCUUGACUGCGCCUUCCCUGCCAUGUAUGAGACAACAUACAAACGGAAAGCAGGGAUAACGACUGGGACUACAUUCACUUUGUGGCCGCAGCCCUCGCCUUUGUCUGUGAUGCCUUUACAUCAUGAUAAAAGGGUUUGAAAGCUGCAUCAAAGAAUCUACUUUUUCUACAUUGAGAUUUCCCGUCUCUGGCGCAAAAACAAUCUGUCGAGGCCAUCCUUGAUAAGCAUCUCUCCUCACCCACUCAUGCCACUUCUACAGCACCUCAGAGAUAAAUUCACCCGUCAAGACUCAACCCAUCGCCGCCAGGAUCCGCGUGAUCAGAGCUACAACAGUGCUGAUAUGGGACAACGUCAUUCACGCGAGAAGAGACGUUCACGAGCAACUUUAAAAACAACCACUCGGAGUAUAGAGCCCAACCCGAUGAGCACAGACAGGGCAAGUCAAGCAAAAGCCAGCUCUCCGGAUCCAUGGUCGCCUCCACCUUAUUCUGCAGAGGCGGCGCUCGCACAGUCCAAGCCAUCAGUAGUCUCGAGUGCCUCCUCGGGUGACUCACCCUAUUCGUUCCUCCGCGAGUUCGACACCAUCUUCGUCGUUGACGAUAGCACGUCCAUGCGCGGGCAGCGGUGGAAGGAAGCCGAGAAUGCUAUCGCGGCGAUCGCUCCGAUCUGCACACAGUACGACAAGGACGGCAUCGAUGUCUGGUUCCUCAACCAUCGCCGAGACACCGGUCGCAGGGGCCCGGGGUCAUACACAAACAUCACGCUGGCGGACAACGUCCGGGAGAUCUUCGGCAGCGUGUCUCCCAAGGGUCCGACGCCGUUCGGCCGCCGCUUAAUGGAUAUCCUGGGGCCCUACAUGCGGGACCUGGAGAAGAAGACUGCCGCAAGCGACGGGUUCCAGGACUCCACGCAGCUGCUUAAACCCUUGAACGUCAUCGCCAUCACGGAUGGGGCUUUCACGGACGAUGCGGAGAGUGUCAUCGUUGACGUCGCUCAGCGGCUGGACAAGAUCUCGGCCGUGCCCUGGCAGGUCGGGAUCCAGUUCUUCCAGAUCGGCGACGACGCCGUGGCGCGGCAGUAUCUGCAGGAUCUGGACGAUGAGCUGGGCAAGAUGACACAUCAGAAGAACUUACGCGAUAUCGUCGACACCGUGCCGUGGCGAGGCGAUAAGGGGCAGACCCUGAGCGCGGAUGGCAUUUUGAAGUGCGUGCUGGGUGCAGUCCAUCGGAAGUAUGAUAAGCGUGAUGGCCAUCGCUGAGGGUAGUUUCUGUUCUUUGGGUGCAGAUUCAUGUUGCUAAUCAUAUCCACUACCAUUCCAUGGCCUUUUCCUCCUCCUGCUGCUGCUGCGACAUCCCCCUUGCCUUCGUGCCUCUUCGCUCGCUGUGUUCGUUUCAUCUCUUUUGCUUGCAUGCAAGCGUGACUGACCAGUGGUGCGGGAGGACUCAUGCCCUGAUUGUGCUAUGUUGGAAACAGGCCUUCAUAGAUGAAACGCGUCGCAGCAAGCGCCCAGUUGCCAUCCUUGCCCAGGUCUGGGAGAUCCUUGGAUCUUGACCGGGCGCUGUGACUGGUCAAAUCGAUACG